CGUGAGGGCAAUCUACAUAAUAUAAAAGUGCCUUCCAUGACGUUCGCCGAUAGUUACCCAAGUACCACUAUAUAUGCACCUCUGGCUUGCCAUCGCAUAGUUUCCGCUGCACCAUAGGCAUCGCGCUACAAGCAAUGCGCGAUAAAUGUUUACUCGUCACACUUGUAUUGUUUUAUGCUGGCGUCCUACAAGCCGCAGGACAGCUUCAGCUCAACUAUUCCCAAGUCCUCUCCCUGAGCUUCAGAUUUUAUGAGGCACAGAUGUCCGGCGAUGUACCAACAUGGUCUCGCGCGUCGCAAGCAACUGGUGGAUGGCGCAACCGAAGUCACAUGCAAGACGGUACUGGGCCUAGCGGCAUAAAUGUGGACCUCUCCGGCGGCUGGUAUGAUGCUGGAGACCACCUCAAGCUGCACCUGCCCCUGGGGGUUUCCGCCAGCCUGCUGGCUUACAGCGCGCUAACCUGGGAGAGUGCCUACAGGAGAGCCGGACAGUGGGACAUCGCAGUGCGCAACCUCGACUGGGUAGCGACCUACAUGACAAAGUGCCACUACCAAGCCAGCGACACGCCCACCUCCAACGCCUUUGUGGGCCAGGUUGGCAACGUUGACACGGACCACAACACCUGGUGGGGCCGUCCGGAGCAGCAGCCGCAGGGGGGAUCCCAGGGCUCUGCGGGCUGGCGCCCAGUCCACGUGAUCACAUCGGCGGGAGGCAAGGGAGCAGACAUUGUGGGAGAGGCUGUGGCCACACUGACCGGUGCGGCUCUGCUGCUGAAGCGUGCGGGCGCCUACUCAAACCCUACCAAAGCGCAGACACUGCUGACCCGUGCGCGACAGCUGUUCGCAUUUGCCAAGACUGUGCCGAACACGUGGGCCCCUCCGUCCGGCUCCAACGCCUACCCGAGCAGCAGCUACAACGACGACAUGGCCUGGGCGGCAGCAUGGCUGUGCAGGGCUGACGUGGACGCGGGCGUGUCCGUGGGUAGCAGCACGUACUGCGCUGCCGCACUGCCGUACUGGGACGCUGCCAAGUACGGCAGCCUGGAUGUGUCGUGGGACAACAUGGCGGGUCCGGCCGCUCUGCUGCUGCGAGACACGGGUGCGGGCGGCGCCACGUACAUCGCCAGUUAUGACGACUUCAUCAACCGGCUCAUGACCAAGUGGACCUCCGUGCCGUCGUGCUCUACGGGGAAUGUUCCAUGCCUCACCAACGGCGGCCUGGUCUGGUACAACGACUGGGGCAGCAACCGCUACACGGCCAACGUGGCAAUGGCCGCACUCGCCUCCGCAAGAAACGGUAGCGGUGCGGGUCUGGCGCUGACCCCGGCUGCCCGUGUGUCGCGUCAUUGCUGGGCCAAGAAGCAGUUGUCGUACAUGCUCGGCGACAACAGCCGGAGCCAGUCCUACGUGGUUGGCUUCAAGCCCACUGCGCAGCACAACGCCCCCCAGAAGCCGCACCACCGCAGCUCCAGCUGCAGCCCCAACUACAGUGUGACGUGCGACUGGACGGCCCUGGACCUGUCGGGGCCCAACCCCAGCGUGCUGGCGGGGGCGCUGGUGGGCGGCCCGGCCAGGGACGAUAGCUACACCGACAACCGGCGUGACUACAUGAAAAACGAGGUAGCGCUCGACUUCAACGCGGGAUUCACGGCGGCGCUAGCGGGCCUCACAGGUUUGGAGCAGGGGCUUCAGGCGGCGGGAUGUUCCUGGACCAACUAUUGCGCCAUGGCGUGCUCGACUGCCAGCUCCCCACCUUCGCCACCACCCGCGCCAUCACCCAAGCCCUUCCCACCCCCGCCCCCGGCGCCUUCUCCCAGGCCAUUCCCGCCACCAUCCCCAUCCCCGUCUCCCAAACCCCCUCCGCCGCCUUCUCCCAAACCUUCGUCUCCUCCAACCCCUCCACCGCCUUCACCCAAGCCUUCACCUCCGCCAACCCCUUCGCCGCCUUCUCCUAGGCCCUCGCCUCCGCCCACGCCUUCCCCUCCACGGCCUCCUAGUCCGCCCCCAUCACCCUCUCCCAAGCCCUCACCGCCACCCUCGCCAUCACCCAAACCUUCGCCUCCACCCUCACCACUAUCGUCCACCUGUGAUCCAAGCGACUCCGCCUGCCAAGAGUGCUCCAAGUCGUACAUUACCGCAGCUAUCAGCUGCCGUACAUGUGUCUCCUCCAUGCGCAGCAUCGGCCAGGACGCCUGGCGCUGCUUCACAUGCGCCAACGGUCCCUUCCCCAUCUCCAACUCGUCCAUGCAGAGCGUCUGCCUAGGCGAAUGCGUGCCCGCAACCGCGGCUAAAGGUGCCGACUGGGCCUGCGACCAAUACUGUGCGGAUCCAUCACUUGUGGCAAACGACCCCACACGCUCCCGACAAUGCGGGACCUGCUUGAAGGGCGCAUCCAACCCAUGGGGCUGUCAGAACUGCAUGCAGGUUGCAAACGCUGUUGCGGACGCCGCGACGGCCCGGGCUUUUUGCUUCUCCUGCGUCACUAACCCAGCCUAUUUCGGCCGCGAGUGGGACUGCGGAGACUGUACCCAGAAGUACACAACGGCAGCGGACCGCACUGCCUGCAUGACCGCCAGAGUUGGAGUAAGCGGCAGACGGUUGUUACGCGCUAAAUAACCCAGCAGCGUUUGGUGCUAUAGUUGCAGGAUUUGGAUACAGCUGCAGGAGAAGGAUGGCGGCGAACAGCUCUCAUCAUCCCUGAAUCAAUAAUACUGUUGCUGCUGUACAUGGUUUCCGAUUUCAUGGUUUGUUAGGUACCAGGGUGCCGUCGCCUUAAAUAGACGGAAGGAUUGUUCGGUUUGCUGUGUGCUGCCGACCUCCUUCAGCAAUUUCUUGGUACGGUUGAGGGUGUCUUUGUUGCUUAGGGUUAGGCUGUAGCUGGAGUCAUCAUGUUGAUUAGGUAAGAUGAGAGGCUAAAUUAUUUGAUGCUUCAGCGUACCUAGCGAACAGCUUCUCAUUCAUGCUACUAAAUUGCACAUGUAUUCGACUCAAGACUUUCCGCAAAGACCUCGGCAUGCAUGGACACAUCUUCCGGUUUGGGUUGUCUUCUGCCCUAGAUGAGAUUUGUCGAGGUUUGCUGAGGGGCUCUUUUUGGCUUCUACCCUCUUGUUUACCUCCUGUGGUUUCUUUUAGGGCUGUGUCUCCCAUCUUGUUGGCCCCUUGUGGUGCUGUCUCUACGGUUUGUUCCGUUUCUUUUGCAAUGUAGGGUUGGGUUCAUCACCCGUGUUCCCUUUUAGGGCACCAUUGUAACGGUCAUUCAUUCACAUCUGCAAUAGGGCACAUCAUUCUGCACCAUCCGC